UUUUGCGGUAGAAUAUUUCUAUAGGUCCUAGUUUAUAUUGACUACCGGUUUAAUUGCUGUAGCUGUAGGCCGAAGCCAAGGCUAUAUAUCUCGGCAUGAGUACUACUCCGAGCCGUCGUCCAGCCGACCGUCGCCUCCGGUGGUCUCUUACGAGGGAUCUCUCGGGAUCGAGUGAUGAUGACUCUUCUUCAAGUUGUUUGUACCUGGUUGUGAAUGGGUCGAAAGCACGAUCAAAGAGAACCAAGGCAACCUACGACCACCUUUCUGGGCUUCAGCGAAGGGAGGAUAAGGUGCUGUUCACCAUGGCUAGUGGUAAGAAGGUGUGGAUGAAUGCCAAUGACAUGGAUGCUGAUGCUGUCAGUCAAGAGUUCGAUAUCACGACCAUAGAGGAUUUGGAAACCCAAGUCCAACCUCUCCUUUCAUCAACCCCAAAGACGCGACCAAGCCAGAGGAAAAGACAAAGAGUUCCAAAUGAACCCAGGACAAAUCAAAGCUGCAAAGGUGUUGUUGAGGUUCCCAUUUCAAAGAUUACUCUAGGAAACCCUAUUAGAAUGCUCAUUAAGUGCAGCAUGAACAGGGUGGAAGCAUAUAAGCAGGCCUUGUUGGACAACCCAACUAUGAACAUUCCAAUCCUGCCUGUAAUGACAGAAGAUGAAGCAUGGGAGGAGGAAACUGCAGAAGAGUCUCAAUACAUGCUCCUCGGUGGCUGCAAUCUCCUCACCGCAAUCAUCGACCUGGCAGGGGAUGACAAAUUUGCACAUUUGAGAAGAUGUAAAGUUAGAGUACAUGGAUCUCUAUCCAUGGGAGAUGCCCUCCACAUAGGUGCCCUGUUCCAGCAGGAACAGGGACUUCUUGUUGAUGAGGCUCCAACCCUCCAAGCCAAGGUGGCAGUAUGUAGACGUUUGCUAUAUAGCAUACAUGAGCUUGAUGAGGACGCUGAUGAACCACCAGCCACUGUCCAAGAUACUUGGAGGAAAAGGGCAGCAGCGGCAUUGGGUUGCUUGUCCUCCAACCCUAAGGAUCGAAAGAAAUUGGAAACAACGUUCCAGCUAGCUCUGUACAGUCGGAGGUGCUAUGCGAAACUGGAAAGGCUGUUCGAGCUACAUGAAGAAAAGCAUGGGAAAGCUCUGAAGCAAACUGUCUUCAUGCAUCUUCAAGGACUGAAAGAAGAGGAGAAAUAUGAGCUACUCACCAAGGUGGUGAAUGGAGAAAUUCAUUUGGACAGCAUGAAAUCAAGGGCUAAAUUUCAGAAAGGACUUCACACAGUGCAGCGUGAGUUCCAGCUGCUCACUAAAAAAAGGACUUGGGAUGAAUGUAAGAGGGCAUACCCUGAAUAUACCACAGAUUCUGCCUUAGGCCAGUUUAUUGGCAUGAACUUCAAAAAGUCUAUACCAAGAGAAUUCUUUAAUUUUGUACAAGAGGUAAUGGACUCACCAAGUGGCACAACCACCUCAUCGAGUUUAAGACGAUGUCCUGUCUCCCUUACUAUCCUUGAAGUGGAUGGAACAACUGGAAUAAAAAAAGUGGCUGGGGACUUGAAAGAAGGGACAACAAAUGUGGUUGUGAUUUCAGAUGGGAUCAUGGUGGCAUCUAGAUGGCAGGAGGCAUUGGAGCGAGAGGGAUUCUCAAUGUGUCGAGAAAGUGUGAUUGUUGGAGAUAAUAAAGCUCGCUAUGUGAUUGCAGGAACAACUGCAAAUUUGAGUCGUGGGCUGGGCAAUAUUCUACCAGAGGCAACUGCAUUCCAUACCAUUUUGACAGCAUUUUCGGAUGCACAAGACAGUAUUGCACUCGCUGUACAGGAUUAUGAUGCAGUUGAGGAAGAUGCAUUGAGCCUGAAUCGAAUUGCGAGAAACUUAACCAUUUGUGGAAGGAGUUCUGGGAGUUCUGGAAGUUCAGGAAGUGAGUACGACUUCUCAGAAGCUGAGUCAGCAGAUUGAACAUGAGCAGCUAGAAUAUCAAUCACUGUAUAAGGAAGCGUUACUGUUAUUAAGUAGUGCUAGGUUAGUGUUUUAUGAUUAUGUUGAUAAAUCGCGGUAAGACUUACGUAUUGUCGAUUAUGAAAAGUUCAUGACUAUUGAACAAAAAUGCAGCUCUGUUGCUUUAAACCAAUUCAAGUUGUAACCCAAAUGCCUACUUUCAUGAAAAAGCAUGGAUGAAGGCCUUUAUUUUCCACUUCCCUGCUCUCACGGAUUCGCAACUCAUGAACUUAUGUAAUGAAUUUCAGACUGGGCUGUACAUUGUGUUUUUUGCGGGCGAUAAUCAACUAAUCUUAAAUCAAUUAGCAAUACUGGAAAGACUCUCGUGAUGUAGUUUUCAUGUGUAUAUUUAUUACAGCUAUCCCCAGAGCAAUGAGAUGUAAUUAAAGCAUCUUGGUGAUCAAUCUUGUAUGUAUUUGAUUAUUUAUAACUUGUUAUAAUUAUCCACAUUCAGUUGAAUGGUGUCAUUGUUUUGAUAUAACAGUUACAAUAUUCAGUCAGUUAUUGGUAUUACUUGUCAUUAGAUGUAUUCAAGGCAAUAAGUGGUUGAAAGAGGGGAGAUAAAACAUGUUCAUAAUAUCAAUUCUUGCUACCCUUGUAAUCUGUACCCUUUUAUAUCAAGAAUGCCUGAAAACAUGAAUUAUACAGCUAUUAUAUGGUUUUCUAUUUUUAGACAUUCAUGUACAUGUAUGAGUUUUUUAUGACACUAAAUUUUCCUCUUAGCUGAUAAUGAUGUCUUAAUUAAUUAAUAAUUAUAAUUCACUAAUUAACAUCUAUGUGCACUAUAUAAACCUUUGUUACUUUAUAUUGAAAGUGCCUUAAAAAUGAACGAUACAGCUAUCCUAUGGUUUUCUAUGAGUAGUUCAUUUAUGACAUUAUUUUUCCCUUUGAAUCAAUGUAGGCAUUAUAAUUAUCACAAUGCAAUAAUUAACAUAAACAUGCAAUAUAUAAAAUUUUAUGUUAUUGUAUUGCCUAAAACCACUUGAAAAAAAUAAUAAAACAGCUCUUCUAAAGUUUUUCAUGACAACAAAUUUAUUAUUUUAUGAUUCUUUUUUUCAUUGUUUAAUCAAUGUUAUAGUUUAAAUGAGCACAAUUAGCAUUAUGUACUAUUUAGCAAAAUUAUGUUUAAUGAACCGAAAAAGCCUGUAAAUAUGAAUAAUUAAUAUUUUAUACAGAUUUCUAUGACUUUGUUCCUGCAGUUCCCAUAGCUGGAGCUGGGAACCUAACUUUAUCUCAAUGCAAUGACAGAGAAAUGUAUGUAUUUCACCUAUAUGUUUACCACAAACCAUAAUAUAAUAAAGAUAUCUAUAUAAUGCGCAUAGAUGUUAAUUUGUGUAUAAUAAUAAUUAUUCAAUUCUUGCUACCCUCUGUACGCUUUUUAUUGAGACUUUGAAUAUUAUGGCAAAAACACUUUUAUGUGAAAGCAAUAUUUCACUUCAGCAGUAAAUUUGGGUAAAAAUGGGUACAAUCUGCUUGAUGUGUGGCAGACACACUGUAAGCCCCCUAAAGUCCUUUUGAACUAUUCUGUAAAAUGUAAUGGGCAUACAAUUCUUGGUAGCCACAAUUCAUGGCCCUGGUAUGAAUUGGUCUGAAGCACUUCAAGAUUUUCCUAGGGGUGUUGCAUGUUGUAUUCUCCAUAGGCAGCACCCCUGUUCCUAGGGCCCUGCCACAAUUAUACUGAUAUUUGGAUUACUUUGUUUGAUUUACAACCACAUCUUUUGACUGUAUUGGUAUAAAAUGCUACCUCUAUAUAUUAAUUUUAUUUACUAUUUAUGGUUACUCUGGUAAGAUAAUAGCAUUUGUAUAACGUCUUUGUAAAAUAUUGUACAAGCAAUUACACUUAUUUGGAUCAUACUAUCUGAAACUGUGUUAUCCUUUGGAGAAUGUUAUCCGAAGCCUGUUUCCAUUCCGAUUAUAUUAUUUGAAGCUGUUUCUAUUCGGAUAAUGUUAUCUGAAGUUGUUUUCUAUUGGAACAAUGUCCGAAGCCAUGUUUCUAUUCGGAUAAUAUCCGAAGCUGUGUCUCUAUUCAGAUAAUAUUAUCCGAAGCUUUGUUUCCAUUCAGAUAAUCUUAUCCGAAGCCGUGUUUCUAUUCAGAUAAUGUUAUCCAAAGCUUUGUUUUUCAUUCGGAUAAUCUUAUCCGAAGCCGUGUUUCUAUUCGGACAAUAUUAUCUGAAGCUAUGUUACCUUUGGAUGAUAUUAUCUGAAUCUGUGUUUCUAUUCGGAUAAUCUUAUCCGAAGCUGUGUUUCUAUUCGGACAAUAUUAUCUGAAGCUAUGUUACCUUUGGAUAAUAUUAUCUGAAUCUGUGUUUCUAUUCGGAUAAUAUUAUCCAAAGCCUGUUUUAUCUAUUCAGAUAAUAUUAUCUGAAGCUGUGUUUCCGUUCGGAUAAUGUUAUCCAAAGCUGUGUUUCUAUUCGGAUAAUAUUAUCUGAAGCUAUGUUUCCGUUCGGAUAAUGUUAUCCAAAGCUGUGUUUCUAUUCGGAUAAUAUUAUCUGAAGCUAUGUUUCUAUUCAGACAAUAUUAUCUGAGGCCGUGUUUCCAUUCAGAUAAUAUUUUCCAAAGCUGUGUUUCUAUUCGGAUAAUAUUAUCUAAAGCUGUGUUUCUAUUCGGACAAUAUUAUUUGAAGCUGUGUUUCCAUUCGGAUAAUGUUAUCCAAAGCUGUGUUUCUAUUCGGAUAAUCUUAUCCGAAGCUGUGUUACUAUUCGGACAAUAUUAUCUGAAGCUAUGUUACCUUUGGAUAAUAUUAUCUGAAUCUGUGUUUUUAUUCGGACAAUCUUAUCCGAAGCUGUGUUUAUAUUUGGACAAUAUUAUCUGAAGCUAUGUUACCUUUGGAUAAUAUUAUCUGAAUCUGUGUUUCUAUUCGGAUAAUAUUAUCCAAAGCCUGUUUUAUCUAUUCAGAUAAUAUCUGAAGCUGUGUUUCCGUUCGGAUAAUGUUAUCCGAAGCUGUGUUUCUAUUUGGACAAUAUUAUCUGAAGCUAUGUUACCUUUGGAUAAUAUUAUCUGAAUCUGUGUUUCUAUUCGGAUAAUAUUAUCCAAAGCUGUGUUUCUAUUCGGAUAAUAUUAUCUGAGGCCGUGUUUCCAUUCGGAUAAUAUUAUCCAAAGCUGUGUUUCCAUUUGGAUAAUGUUAUCCGAAGCCGUAUUCCUAUUCGGAUGUUAUCCGAAGCAGUGUUUCUAUUUGGAAAUUAUUAUCCGAAACUGCGUUUCCAUUCGGAUUAUCUUAUCUGAAGCCUGUGUCUAUUCAGAUAAUAUUAUCCGAAGCUGUGUUUCUAUUCAGAUAAUGUUACCCGAAGCCGUGUUUCUAUUCGGAUAAUAUUAUCUGAAGCUGUGUUUCUAUUCGGACAAUAUUGUCUGAAACCGUGUUUCCAUUCGGAUAAUAUUAUCCGAAACUGUUUCUAUUCGGAUAAUAUUAUCCAAAGCUGUGUUUUUAUUUGGAUAAUAUUAUCCGAAACUGUGCUUCUAUUCGGAUAAUUUUAUCCAAAGCUGUAUUUCUGUUCAGACAAUACCAUCCGAAGCUGUGUUACCAUUUAGAUAAUAUUAUCCAAAGCUGUGUUUUUAUUUGGAUAAUCUUAUCGGAAGCCUGUUCUUUCUAUUCAGGUAAUAUUAUCUGAAGCUGUGUUUCCGUUCGGAUAAUCUUAUCCGAAGUCUCGUUUCUAUUCGGAUAAUAUUAUCCAAAGCUGUGUUUUUACUCGGAUAAUGUUGCCCGAAGCUGUGUUUCUAUUCGGAUAAUGUUAUCCGAAGCUGUGUUUCUAUUCGGACAAUAUUAUCUGAAGCUGUGUUACCUUUGGAUAAUAUUAUCGGAAGCUGUGUUUCUAUUCGGACAAUAUUAUCUGAAACUGUGAUUCCAUUCGGAUAAUGUUAUCCAAAGCUGUGUUUCUAUUCGUAUAAUCUUAUCCGAAGCUGUGUUUCUAUUCGGACAAUAUUAUCUGAAGCUGUGUUAACUUUGGAUAAUAUUAUCUGAAGCUGUGUUUCCGUUCAGAUAAUCUUAUCCAAAGUCACGUUUUCUUCGGACACUGUUACCCGAAGCUGUGUUUCUAUUCGGAUGAUCCUAUCCGAAGCCUGUGUCUAUUCAGAUAAUAUUGUCCGAAUCUGUGUUUUAUCUUUAGAUAAUAUUGUCCGAAUGAAAAUAAUUUUAUGAUAUUAUGCAAAGGUCAACCACUUUGUAUUAUGUGUCAUUUUUUGUUUUACAUUGUGAUGUUCUGCAUAAUGUUAUUAAAUAGUCCCUUACCUUCU